AUGUCAUUGCCAUCAUCGCCGGCUCUUUUCCAUACACCGAAGGCGAGUUUGAAUUGGAAAAAUGGAAUAAAUGGAAAGAAAGGAUUUGAAGCUAACAUCGAUGAUGAUUGUACAGAUGAUUGUACAAUUCUACCGAUGACACUUAGCUGCACCGAUUUGGUCAUCACUCCCGAGCUAAACGAGAAACCACCUUCAUCACAAAACAAAGUCUUUCUGGUCCCGAAACAUCGCAUUUCUCCAAUCAAGAACACGAAUCUCAUGGCUGGUUGGGGGAACUCGGCCAGCUCGCCUGCACUCGAUAAAAUCGACGACAACUUUAUUUUCGACUUUCGACCCCUUUUCACCAAGGGGAAAACGCCCGAUCAGAAGAGAUUUCAGCGAAACGAACAACAAAAAGCAAUGCCAGCAAUGCCAAUUCGACCAUCACUUGGAUCACUUGGCGCAAUCAGUGGAAAUGGGAACUCUGUUUUACACUCACAACACACAGUGCCAUCAUUCAACUCACAAACGCCGCCUUCUGUUCAAGCACCGAAAGAAAUCGUUUAUGUCACCAAAGAGAAAGAUCAG